ACCAUUGCCGCAGUUUAGGUUUGAGCACCUGUCACAUGACGCGUUAUAUUUCCACGCCGCUCUCCAUCGGCGCAGCGAGCUCGUGCGCUUGGACGCGACGCGGACGUGGGUCGGACGCUGCCCUCCGGCGAACACGCCGCCAGAGUGCUGGUUUCUCGGCGACGCGGGCUGCCAAAUUGCCCCGACACCCCUAUUGUGCGACUGGCAGCAUCACCCGCCGCCUGCAAUGGCGUUGAAGCGGCGUCAGUGUGCCUAAGCGUUUCCGUAGUGGCGACUCCGUCCUGGACCGUUUAAGAGCGUGGGAGAGAAAUGUUAUUUUUGGGAAGCUUUUCCAGCGAGAGCGUCCAUAUCCCCCCCCAGCAUUGGUCCUCUGGAUUACAUUUCGUACGUGUUAGGAGCCCAACGAAGCUGGAGCGUUGAAUGUGUGACUAGGCUUAAAGCACUGAAGUAGGCCCAGCUAGACUUUGGACUCUAUUGAGGUCACAGCAAUGCUGACAUUGCCUCUAGACCCAAAGACAUCAUCAUGCUGAAGACGGAGGCUUCGGGGGAGAGGACCAGCCUCCGCAGUGCCUCCCCCCACCGUAAUGCCUACCGGGCUGAGUUUCAGGCACUCAAGAGGGCCUUUGACCAGCCUCGGAUUGAUGGGGACUCGAAGCCCAAAGACCUUGAGCGGGUUAAACAACGAAGGGGUCGCCAGUAUGGCGCUCACGUCAGUCGCAUUAAGGACAUGUUCAUGCAGAUGGGCUCAGAAAAUACAACCGGUAAAGCCAGGGGUCGGGAUGAAUCCUCGCCGCAAAAACUAGUGAAGCCCACCAACUUCAUCAACAAAACUGAUGGAUCAGUCAUCAAACUUCAACAUUCUUCAUCUGCUGAGAGGAUUGGCGGUGCAGGGGCAAAGUUUUCAGAAACCAGGAAGCUAUUUGAACAACAGUCACGUGACCAAUCCCAAUCACCGGUCUUUCCCUACGGACGCGAUAAGAGGGGCUCUCAUGAACACCUUGACGACUGGAGAGGAGCGAGGUCCAACAGAGGCAGCACAGACUCUCUGGACUCUCUGUGCUCCAGAACCGAGGCAUCAUCGCCAACCGUUAGUCAGCUCAGUGCUGUUUUUGAAAAUGCUGACCAACACAAUCAAGGGGGGUCCUAUAGAGGAGCCAGUAGGCGAGCCCUCUACUCACCUGAUGGAUCCUACCGUCAAGGAGGAGAUCUCAGCGAGGAUGAGUCACGUCAAUCUCCAAUCCGCGGAAACUACCGGAACAAAAUCGGGGGCAAGUUUCCUGCGUCUUCAUCCACUGAGGACUUCCAGAGCCCCAGCCCUGGAGCAGAUACUUCUGAAGCCAAAAAAGAGAGUUCACGAGAUCAAGAGAUCCAGGACGAAACCGGGGAAGCUUCUAGAAGGCAAAAUUUGUACAAUACCACCAAUGGAAGCCAAGUUAACGGCUCUUGUGAAGAAGAAGAAAAACCCUCAGACUCACUGACACUUAUUGAGGACCAAGAAGUCAUCAAAGCCUCAAAAUCCACACGUAGUACUGUGAUUACCAAUAAAAUUUUUGAAGAUGUCACUCAUGAGCCACUGCCCACCACAACCCCGCCAACUGGAGAAAGCAAAGACGACGUGGAUGCUUUGAAGCAGGAAACGUCCCCUGAACCACCCAAGGACCAAAUUGAAGAACCGGAGGAGGAAUAUACAGGAAAUGAGAGGGUGAUUUAUAAUGCUGAUGGGGACGCCUGUUACCAGGGAUGGGGGGAAAGCUGCACCGAUCCCGAUGAUGACCUGUACGGUGAUGACGAGGAUGUUGUCUACGAUCCAGGCUCCGAUGUGACGGAGAUCCCUGGUCUGCCAGAAGAAAACAAGGAGGACAUCCCACCAAAGAGGAAGAUUCGCUUCAGCACGUCUCCCAUUACAGUGUUCAACACCUACUCCAACGAGGACUACGACCGACGUAACGAGGAAGUGGAUCCUGUGGCCUCCUCGGCGGAGUACGAGCUGGAGAAGAGGGUGGAGAAACUGGAACUCUUCCCCGUGGAACUGGAGAAAGACGAAGACGGCCUUGGGAUCAGUAUCAUCGGGAUGGGUGUCGGCGCUGAUGCUGGCUUGGAGAAACUGGGCAUCUUCGUGAAGACCGUCAUCGAGGGUGGAGCUGCCGAGAGAGACAGCAGGAUCAAGGUGAAUGACCAGAUUGUGGAAGUGGACGGGACCAGUCUGGUGGGUGUGACCCAAAGCUUUGCUGCUUCAGUCCUCAGGAACACGUCAGGAGUCGUUCGCUUUGUGAUUGGCCGAGAGCGCCCCGGUCAGCAGAGUGAGGUGGCCACACUCAUCCAGCAGACCCUGGAGCAGGAGAGGAGGCAGAGAGAACUCCUGGAGCAGCAGUAUGCCCACUACGACGCAGACGAUGACGAGCAGACAGGGGAGUACGCCACCGAUGACGAGGAAACAGGAACGACGGCGGGUGGCGAGAAGAGCAUAGAGGUGUUUGAUCUGCCGGAAACGGAAGAGAUCUUGUCUCCUUCAGAGUUGGACGCCACGAAGCUGUACCAGAAGUUCAGAGAGCUCCAGAUCAAGCACACGGUGACAGAGGCCGAGAUCCAGAAGCUCAAAAACAAGUUGGCCUCCGUUGAGAAGGAGAAACAGCGCUGGGAGAAGGAGAAGAGCCAGCUGAAGGCCAGCAUCGAGGAGAACAAGGAGAGGAUGCUGAAGUUGGAGAGCUACUGGAUCGAGGCGCAGACGCUCUGCCACACCGUCAACGAGCAUCUGAAGGAGGCCCAGGCCCAGUACCAGGCUCUGGAGAAGAAAUACAACAAGGCCAAGAAACUCAUUAAGGAUUUCCAGCAGAAAGAGGUGGAGUUCAUCCAGAAGGAGGAUGCAGAGAGGAGGCGACUGGAGGAGGCUGAGAAAGCUCACCUGGCUGAGAUCCAGGGACUGCAAGUUAGGAUUGCAGCACUGGAGUCUGAGUUAAUGCAGCUGAUGAAGCAGAACGGCAUCCAGGUCAACAACAACAACAGCAACAGUUCUGAGAGGCUCAGCGCUCAGCAGCACAGCCCGAGCGGAGCUGCGGCUCAAGCUAGAGAAGUCGACGAAGGAUCUUCCCACUCAUCCAGCAUAAAGACAGGCUGCACAGGAGACGGCGUCAGUUUCCAAGAGGGACAGAUUUCUGAGGCACUUGGUAGUCCAGCGCGUAGUUGCUUUGGAUCGGUUCGCUGCGAUUCGAAAGACGGUUCCCCCAGGAAAACACAACAUGGUUCUCAGUCAGUUGGAAAGUCAAGCCUGGACGAACACAGACAAGCUCCAGACCCUGGUUCCACAGAACCGUCAGCAGAUGGCAGUGUGCCGAAACCAAGGGACAAGGCGCCAAACGUUGGCGACGACCUGAGCGCCAGCAGCAGCAGCAGCUCGGUGGAGAUCAGUGGUCUGCUCAGCGCCACCAAAGUGUCGGGGCGCUCACACACCCCAGUGUUGUCCUCGGAUGAGAGUCUGGAUAUGAUAGACGAUGAGAUUUUUGAUGAAGCGCAGUCUUCGAAGCAGCACGAGUGGCAGAGCCGCAGCAUUACGGACUGGACCUCGCAGCAAGUGGCGCGCUGGCUCACAGGCCUCAAUUUAGAACACCAUAUCCCAGAAUUCACUGCCAAAAACAUCGACGGGGAGCAGCUGCUGCGGCUGGACAGUGCUGAACUCAAGACUCUUGGAGUGACUUCUUCCCAGGACCGCUCCCUGAUCAAGAAAAAAAUCAAAGACCUCAAAGUUCUGAUGGAGAAGGCCCGGCGCAACCAGGAGAAAGUGGAGAAACAACGUGAGAAGAUAAGGAAGAAAGAGCUGGAGCAGCAGCAGCAGAAGGAUGCAUGCAAAGAAAGCUCCACGGUGUGAAAAGAACCCGACCUGUUGUUGUACUGUAGCGCCACACGGAGCAGCAUCUCGCGGAGCAGAAGGUCAGCAGGUCCCUCGUAGAAACCCAGCGGGACGCCUGCUCUGUAGUUCUCAAAGUUGGAGCUCCACAGCUGACCGUCAGAAGGGGCUGAGUGAUCUAUUCCCCCGGCAUACCAAAACUAAAACUAGCUUUUGGUUGGUGGAAUCCUGCCCGUCAUUUUCCCAGUUUUCUCCCCCGUCCAUCCUGUAAUUUCACCCUUUUUGACGAGUUAUUAAGUUCUAUUUAUUUUGCUGUUUAUAGCUGUAAAUUGGGUUUUAUUUAUUCAUUCAUAUCCAGAGUCAAUCUGUGAUGACGUUCAUCUCAUCUUCCUCCCAUAUCAUCAUAGACAAAACACGUGUUCAUGUACAGCGAUAAAUACAAAUGCAGAUUCGUCUAACGUGCCAUUUUAAUAGACUUGUGAAAACCUACAUGAGCAGAAUCUACUGUUUUUGUGAAGCAGGUUAGGUCUGCGAGGUCGAUUUUAAAAGGACAUCCCUCAACUCCCCCCCACUGGGUGUCUCCAUGACGCUCAUUUCUUCCACCCAAGGAAGCAGAACAGAGAGAGAAGAAGAUCUGUUGGAGAACACUGGAAGUGCAAACACUGGAAAUGUUGACAUUAUACGCCGAAAAGCAGCUUGACUGAUAAAAGACGUACUGUAUUCACCGGACUGGGUUUGUAAGUGAUUUUCAGGUACUGUGCAAGCAGUGAAUUUGUAACCUAAUCUAAUCCUCAAGAAGCUCAUUUACUGAAACUUCCUUCUCAUAUGCAUAAUGUUGCUCCGACUCCACUAAUAACCUGCUUUCGACCUCCUUUUGUAAGUCGGUAAUAAAGUUAAACCCCGCUGCUGCCUUUAGACAUGCUAGAGUAGUUGAAUACUUCCUGAGCUCUCCCUGCUUCUGUGUGCGUGUCGAAACAAAUGCUAAGCUAAUUCUCUUAUAUUCUUUCUUGUUGUUCUUUUUGAUGGUUCACAUGCAGAUAUCAUACCUGACACUGUAACGUUACACUGGUCGCCAAUUUCAGGCGACCAGUUUUUCUGAAGCUCCAUCAGUCAACGCCAAAUUUAGCUGUGUUCAAAUUUGAAAAUGUAACAGCAUUUUAAAGAGUUUGAUAAAGCUUUGAUAAUGUUGAUCACCAUCAGAGCUGUUCUAUUAUUUUAAGACAGAAAUAAAAUGGUUUAUUUUUAUUUCUCUUAACAUGCACAGCUAGCAUGUUUCGUUUUACAAAAAUAGCAAACUUUAACGUUAACUGUUAGCGCACACUAACAAAACAUCUCCAAAUUCAGAAUAUUGAAUGACAGAGAGUGAAAGCAGCUUUGCAGUGCAUUUACCCUUCCUGUUACAUGCUGAAAGUUUUGCUCUCUCUUGCAGCUGGACAUGCUGUAGAAAAAAACCCUGAUUUCUGCAGGAUCUAAAAAUAAUCCACAUUUCUCUAGAUUUGACUUGAAUCUACAUAUUUCAGUGGUUUACUAAAACGCACCACUAAGUUUGAGACUAACAGUAAGUAAAUUGUUGAUAUUUUAGGACUGUAGCUACAUGUCUGCACAAAAAACAUCAACUUUAGUUGCUAAAGUUCCAUUUUUUUUUUAAAAUAAAUAUAAGCUUUUAGGUAAGUAUGUUGAGCUGACUUACGUAAACUUUUCUUUGUACAAGUCAAUGUAUAAUGGUGUUAAAUUGAUUCUACAAUGAUAUUAUUGUUAUCGCAACCUGGUAACAAGGCAACACAAGAUAUUGUGAAUUCUCCAACUGGAAAAAAAUUGGAUUUUUGAGUUGGUUGGAAAUCCCUUGUGACCAAUUAAAUUCUGAUUCCUGUCACUAGCCAUUCUCUCGGUGCAUCUCUAACAUCAAUGUCUUACCAUAUUCUGUAUCUCAUACAGCUGAAACCAUAACCAACACUUGUUAAGUUGCUUUGCAGUUAUUUAAAAUGUUAUUUAAGAUUAUGAAAUGUAUGUUUCUUGUUUCCAAAGGAACAUUUUGUAGGAUUUGCGCCACAUGAUUGGAGAAAGCCCGUUCUGCUCAAGAAGCCUUAUUGACUUGCUGCUAACAGAUUAGGAACAGGCAAUGUCCCAGCAUCACCAGUCACUAUUAUUUAUCUCUUCAUAUAUUUUACUGAGUAUGUAUCUGUUGCUUUCUUAGCUUAUAAAGAUAAAGAGUUUUAUUAACAGCUAAUAAUGAUUUAUCCAGAAUUGUACGAAUAUACCCUUUUUCCAGAUCAUGUAUGAAUCCUCCCAUUAAAACUCUAACGGAAAAUGAAAAGUUCAUCCAAAGAGAGAAGGACACACAGUACUAAUUUCCUGUUGUGCUUGUGGUUUUCUUCUCUUGCAACCACAAUGCUGCUCCAGCGCUACUGCUAACGAAUAAUUCCUAGAAAACAUUUUGUAAGCCUCUGUGAAUACACAGCAAACUGGACUCUUUGGACUCAUUUCUUUUGUAUGUACAGUUAAACACUAAAAGCAAUAUGGCGUAAGGAUACUGCAGAAGCCUUGUUUUAUAUUGUGUCAGUGUGUUUGCGCAGUUCGUCAGAAGCUUGAGGAGACCCCGAGCCACCAGCGGGACUCUUUAUCUUUUCUACGUGUUUGAUUGAGCUUGCCUGGGCUGACUCAUCCCAUGCAUGGAUGAGGCCCUGGUGUUCCUGGCAGGCCAAAGAAAUGCAGAUGGUUCAAGUAUUGAUCUGGAAGUGUUUGUCUUUUUGUGUGCAUCGAGAGUGAAAGGACUUUGCCACCGACAAUAAGUUAUGCUUUUACCCUUUUGUCUUUGCCCUGCUCUUAUUUUUGUUUAUUUUUUAUUUUUUGCAUUGAGCAGAGUUUGAAAGGGUAGCAACCUGUCACGCUAAAUAAAAUGUGCAGUCAUUGUCCACAGUU